AUGCCGACUGAGCUGGAAGAACUCGUGGGCUUCAUCGCCCAUCCCAACCCUCAGAUUCGCCAGGUCGCCAUCGUCAAUUGCGUGCCGUACUCGACGACUGACCCGAACCUCUUCAAGGACUCGGACCUUCAGCCAGUCAAGAACCUCAAGCUCUUAGCGGAUGAUCAUCAUAAUGUCUCUGAACAUGCCGUUAACAUUUUGAUCAACCUGUCUGGAGACCAGGAGGUUCUCGAGAACUUGGCCACGGAUGAAAAAUUCCUAGACCUUGUAUUCGCGCGCAUAGUGAACCCCGAGGAGCAUAACGCCGAUUUACUGUCCAUGCUCCUUGCCAACCUUGCCAAGUGGGAUGGCCUUAAGGAUAUUCUGAAGAGGAAACAAAAGGCCCCCGAGAAGCUGGGAUCAGAUGACAAUGUCCUUAACCAGCUGAUGGAUCUCUUCGUCAAGGGCCAGGAUGGAACCUACAACAAGAAGGCUGACUUUGACUAUUUGGCCUACGUCUUUGCCGAUCUGUCUAAGCAUAUCGAAAUCCGGAAGUACUUCCUCAAGGCACAAGAGUACGACGGCGUUCUCCCCCUGACCAAGAUCAAGGUCUUCACUGAGCACAAGUCCGACAUCCGACGGAAGGGUGUUGCCAGCAUCAUCAAGAAUGUUGCCUUUGAGAUCGACUCUCACCCGUCCCUCUUCUCUGAUGAUGAGAUUGACAUCCUGCCAUACAUCCUCCUCCCCAUAAUGGGAAGCGAGGAGUAUGACGACGACGAGUCCAUGGACUUCCUGCCAGACUUGCAGCUUUUGCCCCCAGACAAGAAGCGCGACCCGGACAACACCAUCGUCAAGACCCACGUCGAGACGCUGACGCUGUUGACCACGACACUCCCGGGCCGUGAGCUCUUGCGCAAAAUCAAGGUGUAUCCUAUCAUCCGCGAGACUCACUUGCACGUCCGAGACGAGGAGGUCCAGGAGGCGUGUGACCGGUUGGUGCAGGUGAUCGCGGCUGAUGAGGCACCGGAAGGUGAGGAUGGCGAAAAAGGCACCGAAAGCAAGGUCCAGGAGUUGGAUGACGACGAUGAGCUCGUUGAGGUUUGA